AUGGCUUUGGUAAAGAUUUGCGGCCUAAAAAGCGCGAAAGCCGCUUCUCAUGCUUUGGACUCCGGAGCGGAUCUCACAGGGAUCAUCUUAGUGCCGAACAGAGCCCGUACCGUGGAAGUGGCGGAGGCUGCGGAGAUAUCCAGGGUUGUGAGAGCCAGACGAGCCGCGUUUUCAAGAGAGUUUCCUAACUCGAACGUGCUUUGGCAACAUCUCCAGUCACUUGAUCUCAAUGAAGAAUCAUGGAGUGCGCAUGUUGCUGAAACACUGAAGCAGAAUGGUCCUUUUCUAGUGGGAGUGUUUCGAAACCAGAGCCUCGACGAGAUCAACUCCAUGGUUGACCAAAUCGGACUGGAUUUUGUCCAAUUGCACGGCUCCGAAGACCCAGAAGUAUAUAUUCCAGGAAUCAAGGUCCCAGUGAUACGGCGGAUCACGGUUGACCAGCCGAUAGAAGUUUUGUUGGCGGAAGUUAAUUCUAAGAAGCAUCUGUUGGCCUUGCUGGACUCCGAGCUUGGUGGAGAAGGCAAAACGGUUGACUGGGGAAGAGCGCAUCUGCUUGGAGAGACUGGAGGCCGGUAUUUAUUGGCUGGUGGGCUGACUCCUGAUAAUGUUGGAGAGGCUUUGAAGAACUCGGGCACGUUGGGAGUGGAUGUUUCUGGUGGUGUUGAGACGAAUGGGACGAAAGAUUUCGAUAAGAUCGCCAUGUUUGUGAAAAACGCAAAAUCAGGAUAG